AUGCCAACAAUAAAGGAGAUGGAAGUAAGUAAAUAGUAUGUGUAUAGUGUUUUGUCUGGAGAACGUGAUCAGAUAUCAGUUGGUCAAUUCUAUGUAUUUUAUGAAAGGUUGUUAUUCAUGCAGGGCUGUCAUUAUGAUUAUAAGUUGCCAGGUAAAUUCAGCUAGCUAGCAGGCAGGGAAUCAGCCAGUGAAUUUCUAUUUCUAGCGAAUUUCUAUUUUCUAUUUCACCAUAAAAGUAAUCAGGGUCAUGUCAUCUGGGGGAAAUUCUCAGCCCCAAGUUUUAAUUCAUGGGAGGCUGUUGUGUGAGUCCAUUUUUUAAGAGGUAGUUAUAUAUUUGCAAUUCUCAUCAUUCACAUUUUUUAAUCCAUUUUAUCCAGAAUAAAAAAGUUGGAGAUGAAAUUUUGGAUUUGCUCAAUGUCCCGUCACACAAGGUGAGGAUUGAAGAUUUAGAAAAAAGCUGUCCUAAAAGUGUCCUGUGGGGAAGGUCAGGCAACCCUGCUGGAUUUUGACAUACUUAUUGGCAACUCAGUCAAACACCCCACCCUCUGGUAGUCUCAACAAUCAGCCAUUUGGAUAUUUUACGUGUCAAAAUUAAAUUUCAGUCAACCUUGUUUGACUCUCAAAUCCCUCCCUCAGCUUACCUUGCCGCCUGACCCCUCCUCCUGGGCUGGGGUGGGGUAGGGUGGGGGGUGGUGGUGUACAUUGAAAUGUGCAUAAGUUAUCUGAUACUUUUUGCAUUUUUUUGUUUUAAUUUUUAGUAAUUUUUAGUGAUUUUUUUUUUAAUUUUUAGUGAUGUACUAGUGAGCAGCACACUUACACUUCCAGUGAACAUUUACACCUGGAAGAAGAAGAAACCAUGCUCGCCCGGGGCACGAAAAUUUUCGUUGCUCACUAGUACAUCACUAAAAAUUUUGGGGUUCAUGAGUCUUCAGUCACAAACAUUUAAACAUCUUUUCUUUUAACUGGCUGCCUGGCAUUUUUAACUCUUAGGUUAUUUCGGGCAGCCAGCGCCCCUAUCAUCAUCUGUACUAUUGUUAUAAAUUUUUAUUUCUUGUAUAUUAUGGGGUGAAAUAAAGUGUUGUUGUUGUUGUUGUUGUUGUGGAAUGGUUGCAAAAUUCUUAUAAUACCUUCAGUAAUGAUAAUAGACUUCCACUAAGUAUGGUGUAUUGUGUUAGUUUGCCUAAUUUUAUUUUUUAAAUUCAAAUCAUUUUAUUGCUCGUGUCUGUAUUAAAUUUCAAAACAACCGAAUAUUUUGUUCAAGUUGCUCAAAUGUUAUCAGCAAUAUAAAAUGAGGUUACUCCAAAGCAGAUUCUUCUUUGAUGCAGUUAUAAUUAUUAGCACUAUACUUAAAUGUCAUUUUAAUUGCAUUGAAUAACAUUUUUAGGAACAAUCUACAGUAGAAAAGUUCAAAUCACAAGGGGGAGCAUUUGUUCAUGAGUUCUGUGAUCAUGGUACAAGAGGAGACUGUAGAAGGAACAACCCACAGGGUCAACCUUGUAGAAAGGUAAACUUGAAAUGACAAAGAACAUUACAUUUUGCUAAUACAGUCAAUUCUCAUCUUGCGGACACCCCACUACAACAGACACCCUGAUAAUAAGGACAGCAGGUAAAUCCCUGGCAAAAACAAUUUACAGUAGUUUGACUGAAAUAAACUCUCGCUAGCUAUUACGAACUCUUGCUAAUGAGGAUAGUAACUCAAGGUCCCUACAGUGACCGCUAUAAAGGGAGUUGAGAGUAUUUGCAAGUAUUUGAGUAUGUUUUUACAUUGAAAAAAAAAAGGAGUUUUUUACUUAGAUAUUACUCUUCAGUUAUUCAUAGACUGCCAGCCAGGAAUACAUAAAUUUGUGUGACAGCCUAAUACAGUAAACUCUCGCCUCGUGGACACUUCGCUAGUAGGGACACCCUGCUGAUAGGGACAGCUGCUAAAUCCCUGUUGAAACUUACAGACAUUCCACUGAAACAAACUCUUGCUAUUAUUGACGCCUUUCUCGGUCCCAACAGCCCAAUUUUAUUUUUCUAAUUCCUGUUAAAAUGGACAUCGAUCAGCAUCUUUCAACAUUUAGGCAGAAUUAUCUCAAAUUAUUAUUUAUUUCCUCCUCGGUCUCUCUUCAUGAACCUUUGUCACUUUGGUUUGAUCAGUGCUUCUUCUUCUGCAUGUUAUUAUUGGAGAGUCCUUCUUCUUAACGACAAUGUUGCAGUUUCACUGCUAUGAAUGAGGUGGCCGAGUCUUUCCGAAUACUUCUUUGCACCUUUAAUUUUGUAAAUAACUGGAAUAUGAAAUUCUAUAAGCCAGCUCCUCUGUUGACCCUUUUCCCACGAACUUCUGAAUGUUCCGAUUCCCGUUUACAUGCAACACCUCCCUUCUAAGAAAAUCCCGUACUUACUUGCAAAGAACAGUCAUGAUGUACAUAGGGUGGAUUUUCUGGUACCAUAUUUUAUGGUUUUUUGGUACUGCAAAUUGUUCAGAGACUGUUGUGGUGAACAAAAGGGAUAGUUCACUGUUCUGUUACGAUUUGUAUUGUAUGUAAAUAAAGUUCUGACGAUGCUCCCCAACUGGGACGUAAGUCCUGUUUCAUCCCCUGUCACCGUGUUGAGUCACCGUGGCGAAUUCAAUAAAGAAUAAUAAAGAAUGAUAUGCGAAAACUGCAGUACAAUAAAACUUAUUAUCAUUCGAUGCAAAUUUUUCUUCCUUUUCAUUGGCUGAAAGCCCACCACGUGACCUGCAAAUAAUUGCCUACAAAUAAUGGUCUGCUCAUGCCCAAUGUCGUUCAACUGUGUGUGGCUGCAAAUAACACUCUGCUCACGUGUAAACGAAACCACACGUGAUGCGUUCUUGCAUGAAAAAAGGCAGAUCGCUUCGCUUCCCGAAGAUAUUCAUUAAAAUGCAAACUUGGUGAUCGAAUGAUAAAACAAUUAUUAAACUCGGUUAUCACAAAAUGUCGUGAUUUGCCAAAGUCUCACACAUCAAUUAUUUGCCUCAGCCUUCGGUUUCGGCAAAUAAUUGAUCUGCUCGCCACUGACAAAUCACGAUAUUUUGCUCUACCUCGUCCAAUAAUUGUUAAUUGUUUCUGGAGGCAAUAUACAAUAUAAAUAAGUGUAAUUCCUCUGAUAUCAAGAAAUUUUUUCUCACACCCCACAAUUAUGACUCUUGCCAUUGUGGACACUAAACCGCAGUCCGAGGGUGUCUGCAAUAAAGGGAGUUGAAUGUAUACAUCUGCCCAUGCCACUGUAAAAACAUUAAUGUUAUCUGAAACGGUAUUCUUGUUUAUUAUGCAAUAAUGGUUUCAUUACUAUGUCCACUUGUUUGUCUUUCCUCUCUGCCUAAAAUGUCUUAACCUGUUAUCUUCAUACGUAAUGAAGCAACGUUUUUUUAACAAACGAAAAAGAAACCCGGGUUAAGCGCUGAUCGGCCCUCGAACAACUGCGCCCUGUAGAACAUCUAUUUCGCCAGUAAAACACAAAGUUCUUUUUACACGCUCGAAGCACUCUGGCCAGUGUCUCCUCAAAUAACAACCACUUGAGACGAACCAUACGAUAUCACGCUGAUCACUAGCCUUCAAAACCUUUUCAUUAUCAUACUCAGUUUAAAUCGGGGUUUCGCUGUACGCAACCCUUACGUUCAAAAUAUGCCAUAAUCAUAGUUAUCUAUCGCAAGAGCCAUCCACACUUUCCUCUCAACUGCUACCUGUACGCCUACCAAACAUAUCGAACGCACUCUCCUAAGCUCCGAUUACUCCUAGUUGUAUUCGUAGACACUCUGAAAAACAUAAUUAAAGGGUCUGUUGUUUUUUUACAGGUCCAUUUCCGAAAAAUUAUACAGAAACAUACAGAUGGUAAGUUUUCCUUCAAGGUCAAUAUCUGUUUUCUAUUAACAACAUCAAUCUUCUGUCAAGAGAAAAGGUUGCUAGAAUUAAUAAAUUAUCAACGAAGGAAAACAAACUUUGAUCCUUUAUCCGGGGGAAUUAUCUCAACUUAUUCUUUAAGGAAUGUCUAAGAUCAGUCUGGAGAGUCUGUAUGUGGAUAUUGCCUGGAGCGUAUUAAGUUAAUUUUUUUUGUACCAUGAGAAAAAAGAAUAUAUAUUUAUUGUCUGCAAACAAGAUUGGAAUAGUAAAUUCAUUAUUUCCAUAGAAUCUCUUGGAGAUUGUUCAUUUCUAAACACGUGUUUUCACAUGGACACUUGCAAGGUGAGUUGGCCCUCACUGAAAAUUAACUUAAAUAUCCAGAAAUAAUGAGCUAACAUUUUGAGAUUUUUUUUUUUUUUUUUUUUAGUCUUUUAAAUAUUUCUAUAGAAUUUUUUUUAGUAUUUUUUUUUUUAAAAACGUAAAUUAAAAAAAAAAAUUUUAAAGUGAAUUGGUCCUCAAUUAAAAUUAAUUUAAAUAUCUAAAAAUAAUGUGUUUACAUUUUUAUAUUUUUUUUUUUUUUUUUUUUUGAGUCUUUUAGAAAAGCUACAACCAUGCUGGUUUAAUUUAUUAAUUCUGAAACUGUCAGAUAUAUGCAAAAUAUACGAUUAUGCCAAGGGGAUAGCUGUGGUCGGUUAAAAUACUCUUCGCACUACAAAAGCUCACCAUGGCCCAAAUUAUAACAGCAAAACAAAAAAAUAAAGCAACCAAAUAUCACGGUUUCCUACAAUCUGUUUGUGUUAGUCUCAAAAAUAAAUCAAAGACUUGUUGACUUCCUUGUUGUAGACUUCUUUUCUUUUUAGUCACAUUUUAAUUCACUAUGCUGUAUUUGUAUUUUUAUAUAUUUGCUUAUUUAUUUGUUAUUUAGUAUGUUCACUAUGAAGUUGAUUAUAGUGAUGUCGAGAUGAACAAAGAGGAAAAAGGAAAAGACAAGAAAAAAGAAGAGAAGGUAAAUAAAAUGCGCCAAGAUAAUCAUUUAUUUAUUUUUACUUUUUCUGAUUGAUUUGAAUUUCCCUUUUUGAUUCUUCGUAAUAUAUUUUAAAGUUCUUGCUUGCCAAAUUUUAGAGAUUUACGUCAUUCGUCCAAUAAAUUUUCAAUUGUUUUGUAACAGCUAAAUUUGUGGUAUAACGUCACCAGUUUUGCCAACUUCGAAGGAGCUUGCGAUUCCUACGUACGUUGCGUCAUCGUGAUUUGUAUGAACCUCGCUCCCAUUUAGAAAAACCCAAAAUCACUUCGGAGCUUGCGAAACACGCAGCGCGAAACAACAAGUUAGGCUGUUAUGCUCACAAUUUGAUUAUAUGAUUCACACUUGAAAGCAAUAUAACCACAAUAAGACAGGGAGUAAUUGUCUCCAAAUAGAAGGUGAAGGAUAAUUGCUACCAAAUCUGAUUGUAAUGAUAUUGACAUUGUUGUGUGUCUACGUUCUUCUCGUCAGUCUUCUCUUGCUAAGACGGUAGAAGAGGACAAUAAAGUGAUACUUUAUCCACCUCAGGUAUGUAAAAAGGUCUACAUUAUGGAUUAUAAUGUCGCAACUCGGUCACUGACUCUAAUUCGUUGUCAGAGUUGUGUGGCAGAUAACAAAUUCAUGCCUCCAGGUAACUGUACGAGAUAAACAGGAUAAAAAUUGGUGAAGCACAUGGUCGUUUCGUUCUCUUUUCUUGAUUUUCUGCAUCUUUUCUAAGAAAUCUUUACAGCACGCACCGUAUUUAAUCGAUUAAACGCCGCAGAUAGAAGAGAAAUUACAAUAAACGCCGCCUUGAAUGCGUUGUUUAUUCGAGGAUUAUAGAAAACCUCAGUACAACUUGGUAAUCUACACCAUUAACAGACAAUUACCAUUCUAUCUCAGCAAAAAAUCGAAACAUUGGAACUUAAAGGACGUUCUGUUUUAUAUGAAAUUUGUAAAAGAUUUAUUGAAACAUUGGAACUUAAAGGACGUUCUGUUUUAUAUGAAAUUUGUAAAAGAUUUAUCGUCAUUGUUGUCAGUGAUUUAAGAAAUAAACGCCGCCCUUGAACAAACGCCGCAUCGAAAACACUGCAUGAAAAUCCAAUAAACGCCGAAUAAAUACGGUGAUUACUUUCUUACAGGGUUCGCACAGGUCAUGGAAAACCUGGAAAUUGGAUUGGAUUCCGGUAUUUCUUUUGAUGUUAUAAAUGUAGCCAGUAUUCCCCUGUUUACAGUUAAAGACAGUUUUUUGUUUUGAUUCUCCAGUGGAUACAGUGUGACUUGCGGUACCUUGAUAUGACUGUUCUGGGAAAAUUCGCUGUUGUAAUGGCUGACCCACCAUGGGAUAUACAUAUGGAGGUAUAUUUACAGUUUGUUCUUUAAUUAUAAUUUUUCUGUAUACAAUGUAGUUAUUAAACUGGCUAGCAACUUAGAAAGGGCACAGAUAUAAAUAUGUAGGAACAUCGCGGGGAAUAGUAGUAGACUAAUUCUCCCAGAGUUAGUCAUUUGGCAACCGUACUAGCGAAGGAAAGGAUGAGAAAUAUGGCAGUGUUGGGUCGUAGUUUGACUGGAGUUCUCGGCGUGUUACCAACUAUGCGCGUUUGUUGACAAUGUGUAUAAGAACAAGCAUUGGCCGAUAAGUCGUAUGAGAAAAGUUGCUCGUAUUUCUUAAGCUUUGAUGCGAACAUAAUUUGUCCGUGGUGGUGGAAAUCUAUAUAUGUGGUUUUUGCCUCAAAAAGACGACUAUUGUUCGUAAUUCGGUUUGUUCAGGAGAAUUAUCACACAAGGCAUGCUCCACUCUUGCAAGUGUGCACCCUAGCUCCAAAAGAAGGGUUUUAACCGCUAAGUUGAAUGUUUUGUUCUCUUUCAAUCAUUAGCUUCCUUACGGCACCAUGUCAGAUGAUGAAAUGCGCAAAUUGGAUGUUCCCUCACUUCAAGAUGAAGGAUACAUAUUCCUUUGGGUGACUGGUAGGUAAGUAUUGCGUGCAUACCAGUAUCUUUUACCGCGAUUUCAGUGUUUGGCUAAAUUCCGUAGUAGAGACCCCAACAUUCAUGUCCCCGACAAACAAGGACAGAACAAGAGGCAUCUGCCUACUUUUCCGUCGAGGAAAGAAAAGCAAUCGGUGAUAACUGCUCACUGCUCACUCCGUUACUAAUACCUACUCUAAAAUUAAUGCGAAAGUUAUAGUGUCAGCUAUUUCCACAACAAUGAAUAAUAGAGAGUUACGUUUACGGCAACGACAAACAUUCAGAUUCAGGUUGAGAAUUUCUCAAAAAGAAAAAAGUGAGAGGAUAACAUUUGUCCAAAACAAUACUUGUGGAUAAAACUGUCGUGAGUCUUCCAAUAUUUGUGUAGAAGUAGUAAGCAGUGAACGACAAGGAAAGGGGGAAAUGGUACCGUCAUAGUGGUACAAAUUCACGUUUUCUGUGCUGUUUGCCAUUUCACUCUUGCUUAUUGUAUCGUUUGUCCUUAGGGCGAUGGAACUGGGUCGAGAGUGUUUAAAGCUUUGGGGGUAAGUUAUGAAUAGUAAAAACACCCGUUGUUCUUUGUUUUAGCAGGCUUCUGAUUCUGUUUAAUAUUAAAGGUUUUAUGUCAAGAGGAUAUUGCUGUUUUUGAUCAAUUCUGUGCCGAAGUCAUUACUAAGUGCCUUUACUCAUGCACAAACCUCUCCUGGGUUAUGAAGAAGAUAUCAACAAAUUCCAUCAGGGAGAACUAAGCAUAAUCAUUUGUUUUGGGAUUUUUGCAGGCACAGCUAACUUUUCAAGUUUCAAUCCAUGUUCAUCCUUGUCAUCUGACGAUAGUAAAUAGCGUGACGUAGCCCCUUUAAAAACAGCAACUCAGUACUCGUUAUAAGUGUUUUACACUAUUUGUCAGGUAUGCAAGAUGUGAUGAGCUCAUCUGGGUGAAAACAAACCAACUUCAGCGACUGAUAAGAACCGGAAGGACUGGGCACUGGCUUAAUCACGGCAAAGAACACUGCUUGGUAGGAGAGAUGCUGACGUAAAGCUUUACACCGCGCGCGUUUGUUUUAGGGUGUGUGGGAGGGGAGGGACAAGCAUGUAAGUUGUCCAAAUUGAAUUUAGAGGCAGUUUCGUGAUUCAGUGAAUGUACGCGGCAGAGUGCUGCAAUGGAGGUCAAAAGUUUUGGGAUACUUGACGUGUUUGCCAAGAUAUUAUUAGUAAAACUGGCUACCCUUCCCGCUCCCACCCCAAACAAUGUAUAAUUUCGAGCAAGACAGGUGCAAAAAAGUUUAUUUUGUUGGGCACAAUGUUGCUUGGGUGGAAGGAGAAAGGGAAGAACUCAAAGCCUAUCAAAAAAUUGUUAUGAGUAGUGGUGUUCCAUGUAAAAAUUACUGUCAGGGGUUUUGAACUAUCCAGCUUUUUUUUACCUCCAUUUUAGUAAUUUAAAGGUGUUUCAGAAACUAUACAGUGGAUUGUCUUAAAUCAUUCCGGGCUCCGGGUAUUAUGACAGCUGGCCAGAGACUUAAAAUCUAGUAGUUUUAACAAAAUUGAAAGGAACGAAAAUGACUGAGUGUUCUUAAGUUUGGAAUGAAAGAACGUGGUCGUAAUAACGAAUACGACCAGCUGGGUUGAAUUAACAGGGUUCUAUUGUAUUGUUUAGCUACGUACAUUGAUUCCACUCAAUAAUCAAGCAUAACGUAUUCUAGAACAGUCUUUUAUUAAGGUACCAACAGUUAAUGCUUUGUGAGAGUUUUGAACCCAGGAGUCAUUUCAAAAGUAGGUUGAGUUUGAUCGUCCGGGUGAACGUAGUCCUGAAUAGGACUGUUGUUGUUGACAGUGAGUGACGUUUCGACAACCUGUGCGGUAGUCAUAAGUGAGUUGUAUCACGCCAGCUGAUGGUAUUAUACUCUGGUUAUUGAUCUGAUUGGUCAAUUACGUCGCGAUGUCAGGAACUCAACCUACGUUAUUUAAUGCUUUUUUAAUCCGCUGUGAUCGAAACGCGAACCGAGUAUAGAAAACAUGAAAAUGAGAGGACCUUGGACCACUGAACCAAAACCUCGCUGGUUUGCUUUGGUUUGUCUGGGGUUUCCAGUGAUCUCUAGUUUCUUUGAAUCUCAAAUCCGUGGCUUCUAAGGAUAUUUAUUCAUCUACAGGUUGGUGUGAAAGGAGCAUGUAAGAACUUUAACCGAGGUCUGGACUGUGACGUGCUUGUUGCUGAGGUUUGUGAAGAACUGUCAAAUGCCAAAAUACUAACAUCACGGAUAUCUUCACUUGACGUUAGUCAGUGCUAACUGCUCAGUACGCUAAAACGAUGGAAAUAAUGUACGAUAGCGUCUCUUACAGAGUAUGUGCUGUAUACAUGACAACGUUGUGUUCGAAAAGCUCCGUUUUCGUCCGUCCACAAGAAAACGACAAGACGGCGUUUUCCAAAACUCAACUCUGACUGGUGACCGUUUUCGAAAACCUGUUUUUUGGCGCCGGAACGCCUGCCGCUCACAUGGGGACGGUAGGCUUAAACGGAGAAAAAAAAUAGCCGUUUUUAAAAAUAUCCUGAUUCGUGUGGACGGGGUCUAAGAUGCGUUUUCUUGCGUUGAACGCGUUGAUUAGGUAAAUAAUGUUCAAUUUUGCGUGUAUUUUUUUUCCUAGGUUCGACAAACAAGUCACAAGCCUGAUGAAAUUUAUGGAGUGAUUGAACGGCUUGCACCCGGGACAAGAAAGAUUGGUAUGUACUUUGUUCAGUUAGGGGUAACCUCUUAGUUUAUUAUUACCUAAUACGUAUUUCCAUGCUGAACAUUUGUUUCCCAAGUUUCUUAGUUAUGGUAGUCUACGGAUAUUAUUGUUCAGUAGUGAUGUCAUGACGCAGUCCCUAGUUUCCUGUCUCUAUACCUUGGUAAAUACAGAAUCUUCGAAUUAGAUACAGCAUUGGAUUAGGCUGUUUUUGCCCACCUGUUUCCGUUAAAAUGUGACUAAAAAUUGAAAAAUUUUGAAUUUCCAUUUUGUAUUUUCCAGAACUGUUUGGCAGACAGCACAAUGUUCAACCUAACUGGUAGGUAGCCUCGGCGGUAAUUUGUAAAGUAUUUUGUAUGAUAUUUUAAUCAGUUGAUGCUAAUCGUUUAACUCUGAGAUCCUGUACUGUUUUAAAGUCAUAAUAAGUUGAAUUGAGUUUGCACCUUGGUAAAAAGCUAGUCGCAUGUAAUGUUCUUCGUCAUUCGGUCCUGUAAAAAUGCAUACAUGAUGCAUACCGUAUCGAACAAAUGCGGAAUACGGGAACAUUCUGUGCUGUGGGCAUAUCUAAAACGUCGUCACCAAGGCAACAGGAAAACCUUUCUCCAUUUUAGCUUUAAAGGGUGCUGUCACGAGAUGUGAAUAUGUAUUUGCAACAGUGAAAAUAUCCUUGCAAUCAGUUCCUUUUUUGUUAAUAAUAAAUUUGUAAGUGCAGGCAACUAUCAAUGGUUGCCUUUUGUUUCGAACAAAGACAGAAAAAGAUUGCAAAUUGAAAAGUUAAGCUUAUCUUUGUUCGAGUUGGUCAUCGUAUCUUUCUUUUAUUCAUUUGAAAGAAUUUCAACAAACGGAUGACCAGGAUUUCCGUGUCAUUGACCUGUUACAGUGCCAUGUAUUAAAUAACGAGCUCGGAGACCCCUCGUCCCCUUUUUUUGGACGAGUAUCAAAAUCUGGCCAUGCUGAUUACAUUUUGCCCAGUCCCUGUACGGCGUCUUCCCAGGCCCUCUCGGUCAAUGCAUUUCGGUGAUGUAUCCGAGUCGAACAGCCGGGAGACGCCCUCAAAACCCUGCUUGGACCACGUGACCCGAAACGCAUAGGCCACGCGGAAUAUUGAGGCCUACAAACUAGACAAGAUUACAUUUAGGUAUUAUUCCCCCUUAUGUUAAUUAAGUGGUGAAUCUCUUAAAGUUUUAGGUCAGAAAAUAUUUGAAAACGGUUUUCUCCUGCCUGAUGUGUUGCAUGUUUUUCUUCAACAGGAUUACUCUGGGAAAUCAGUUGGAUGGUGUGCGUUUAUUAGAUCCAGACGUUACAGCACGCUUUAAAAAACGCUAUCCUGACGGAAACGUGCUCAAACCGCCUACUACAAAAGCAUGAACUGUUACCUCGGUAACACAUUGAACGGUUGUCGAAAGAGAAAGACCUGGGCAUGGAGUUCUUAACCAAAAAAAGUCAUCUUUGUUCGACUGAAUAACGAGAUGCCAGCCUCGCUGUUGAAGGAAUACAAAAGGGUAGGCGCGGACCAGUUUCCCGAGUCAGUACGGAGCAAGAGUUUUGUGAAAUAUGGC